AUGUGUGGCAUCCUCUUGAUUGCCACCGGCCUAGAUGUGUUGGACGCCGGCUCUGGCGAAGCCCACAGCGGCCCAGAGGCCGCUUGUCCCGCGCCAGCAGACUUUGAAGAGGGGCUGAGGUGUCGCGGGCCAGAUUUACAGGGCUGCCACACGGUGCACUGCGGUGCCGCCGUGCUGCGCUGCCACGGCUCGCUGCUGCAGCUGCGGGGCGCAGCACCCAGCCGCAGCCCGCUGUUGGACGGCGCCACCGGCGGCGUGCUGCUCUUCAACGGACAGCUGUUCCCGGGCAGCGGGCUGGAGGUGCCUCCCCUGGCCAACGAUGCCCAGCUGCUGCUCCAGGCGCUGAGCCAGGCUGCAGGGGACGAGGUGCCCCGGCUGCUGACGGGGCUGCGGGGCCCCUGGGCGCUGGUGUUCUGGCAGGCUGCGGAGCGCACGCUGUGGUUUGGGCGGGACGCCAUCGGCCGCCGCAGCCUGCUGCUGCACCUCCCCCGGCCAGAGGACGGCCGCUUCAUGCUCAGCUCGUCGGCACCGCUGAAUCCAGCGGUACCGUUUCGCGGUUUUGUGGAGCUGCCGCCCGGCAUCUGCAGCCUGCAGCUGCCCCCCCCAGCUGCCGCUGGUGACGGCGGCAGCCGCAGCGGCCGGGCAGCAGCUCGCUAUGACCGCCACGAGUGGACAGAUCCCGGGAUGCGGCGGCUGGCAGAGUUCAAGCGGGCGCCAGAGCUUGUGGAGCCACCCCUGGGCUUCCCGCUGCCAUCGGCAGCAGCCGGAGAUGGGCGUGCAGCAGCGACGGCAGGGCAGGCAGGCGCAGCAGCAGCUGCCGGCGGCGGGCCUCCAUUGGGGGUGGUGUGCGAUGAAGGCGAGGAGCAGCGGGCAUUUGAGCUGACGGUGGAUGCCGUGAUGGCGGCGCUGCGGCAGGCGGUGGCAACCCGCUGCGGAAGCAUCGAGGAGCGGCAGCAGCAGUCGCCUGUGGCGGCAGCGGGCGGCAGCGGCCUACGCGGGGGCCUGCAGGCGCACGGGGAGGCCCGCCAGCUGCUGCAGGGCCUGCAGUUCGGCAGCGCCCGCACUGGCGCCAGCGGGCCAGCCGACAGCGGCUGCCCAGCCGGCGCAGCGUCGCCGGCCGCGCCGCUGGCGCCGCCGCUGCUGCUGCUGCCGCCCGCCCCACUGCUCAUCCUGUUCAGCGGCGGCGUCGACUCCUCCCUGCUGGCGGCGCUUGCCCACGAGGCGCUGCCACCGGGAGCCCCCAUCGACCUCGCCUCCAUCUGCUUUGACGGCGGCACCUCGCCCGACCGCCGGGCGGCGCUGGAUGCCCUGCAGGAGCUGCGGGCGGCGGCUCCUGGGCGCACCUGGCGCCUGAUCCAGGUGGACUGCCGCCUGGCGGAUGUGGAGGCGGCGCGGGGCCGCCUGCUGCGCCUGCUGGCCCCCGCCGACACGGUCAUGGAUCUCAACAUUGGGGCCGCGCUGUGGCUGGCGGCGCGGGGAGAGGGGGUGCUGUCGCAGCCAGAGGGUGGCGAGCAGCAGCAGCAGCAUGAGGAGGAGCGGCAGGAGGAGCAGCAGCAGCAGCAGCAGCGGGAUGCGCCGCCGAAGAGCGAGGCGGCAUGGGGAGGGCAGCAGCAGCAGGGGGCGCACCAGCCUGCCCCUGCCGCGCAGCAGCCCGAGGCGGCGGCCGCGGGCUGCCGCCAGCGCUGCCGCUCCGCGGCGCGCGUGGUGCUGCUGGGGCACGGCGCCGACGAGCUGUGCGGCGGGUAUGGGCGGCACCGCACCGCCUUCCGCGCCCGCGGGUGGGUGGGGCUGGAGGAGGAGCUGAGGCUGGACCUGGGCCGCCUCUGGCUGCGCAACCUGGGGCGCGACGACCGAUUGGUGGCAGACCACGGCAGGGAAGCGCGGCACCCGUUCCUCGACGAAGGGCUGGUGGGCGCGGUGCUGGGCGCGCCGCUGUGGCACGUCGCCGACCUCCGCCUGCCGCCCGGCCGCGGCGACAAGCGCGUGCUGCGCGCCUGCCUGCGCCGGCUGGGCCUGCCGCGCGCCGCGGAGCGGGUCAAGCGAGCCAUCCAGUUUGGCAGCCGGCUGGCGGCCCAAACCAACGCGCGUGACUUUGGCGGCACGCGGCGCGCCAACCAGCGGCAGGCGGGGUCGCUGCGCCUGGCGGAUGUGGCGGCGGCGGGGGCAGCGCAGCAAGCCGGCUGA